AGGGAGCGAGAGAAAGAAAGCAGCCUGGCGAGCCAUCGGCGCAACCGCUACGCGGCGCUCUCGCCCCCCCAAUUUCAUUUCGGUGCUCAAUUGGCGUCAUUUGCCGAAGUUGAGCGUCUGAGCGCGCCGCCACCGCCCGCCACCCUUUCCGUCUUGCCUCUAAUCCGCCCACAUGUGUCGUCUGCGGGAGGGGAACUCUUGCGGGAGGUGACGCUCCUCCCAAGGAACACACGGAGAGGGCGCGAGGCGAACGGAGCCCGCCUGCACCUCCAUUGAAACAUUGGCCAAGAAGACGGACACACCGAUGCUGGCUGCCGACGAACGCAAAAAUACUCCAAAUAGACAAGAGCGCCCCCCCCCCUCCCCUGCUUCAUUUCCAUCCAAGUAACCAACCCGCUUUUCUGCAUUCACUGGGACAACCUCUCCAAAAAUUGUGGGCGAAAAAAAAAUCCCCGCCCUCACCCCCCACCAAAAAGAUUGAUCUGACGUCGUGCGAGCAACUGGAUACGCUGUGAAAUCCUCCGCCAACAAAGAACCCGACCCCCCCCUACCCCCAUCUCUCUCUCUCUGGGUUUGGCGCACGCAACCUGCACGAGCCAAACUCCUCCUCCGCCUCCCUCCGGUCGCUCUCAUCUUCUCCCGCCCUCCUCCUCCUCCUCCGCCGCCGCCGCCCCCCUCCGGUCCUCUAUGCUCAGUUCGGUGUGCGUGUCGUCUUUCAAAGGGCGCAAGGGUGGGAACAAGUCGUCCAACAAAGCAUGUUCCAGCGCCGACAUGACUUGCCCGUCGGAAAGCGAGAAAAUCGUCAUCAACUGCGGCGGGGUGCGCCACGAGACGUACCGCAGCACGCUGAAGACCUUGCCCGGCACGCGGCUGUCGUGGCUGACCGAGCCGGACGCCUUCAGCAACUUUGACUACGACCCCAAACUGGACGAGUUCUUCUUCGACCGCCACCCGUCCGUCUUCUCGUUCAUCCUCAACUACUACCGCACGGGCAAGCUGCACUGCCCCAACGACGUGUGCGGGCCGCUCUUCGAGGAGGAGCUGGCCUUCUGGGGCAUCGACGAGACCGACGUGGAGGCCUGCUGCUGGAUGAACUACCGCCAGCACCGGGACGCCGAGGAGGCGCUGGACAGCUUCGAGACGCCCGAGCCCGAGGCGCCCGACGACGACCCGGCGCUGGGCGGCGCCGACGGCGACCUCAAGAGACUCUGCCUGCAGGAGGACGCCAGGAGGGCCGGCUGGUGGAAGACCUGGCAGCCCAAGAUCUGGGCGCUCUUCGAGGACCCCUACUCGUCCAAGUACGCCCGGUACGUGGCGUUCGGCUCGCUCUUCUUCAUCCUCAUCUCCAUCUCCACCUUCUGCAUGGAGACGCACGAGGCCUUCAACACCAUCCUGAACAAGACGGAGAACGUGACGGUGGGCGGCACCACGCGCGAGGAGACGGUCUACGAGGUGGUGACGGACAGCUGGCUGACCUACGUGGAGGGCGUGUGCGUGGUCUGGUUCACCAUCGAGGUCCUGCUGCGGGUCAUCUUCUGCCCCGACAAGGUGGAGUUCUUCAAGAGCACCCUGAACAUCAUCGACUUUGUGGCCAUCCUGCUCUACCUGGAGGUGGGCCUGAGCGGGCUCUCCUCCAAAGCCGCCAAGGACGUGCUGGGAUUCCUGCGGGUGGUGCGCUUCGUGCGCAUCCUGCGCAUCUUCAAGCUGACCCGCCACUUUGUGGGCCUGCGCGUGCUGGGCCACACGCUGCGCGCCAGCACCAACGAGUUCCUGCUGCUCAUCAUCUUCCUGGCGCUGGGCGUGCUCAUCUUCGCCACCAUGAUCUACUACGCCGAGCGCAUCGGCGCCCACCCGGACGACCCGGCGGCCAACGCCCACACCAACUUCAAGAACAUCCCCAUCGGCUUCUGGUGGGCCGUGGUGACCAUGACCACGCUGGGCUACGGCGACAUGUACCCGGAGACCUGGUCGGGGAUGCUGGUGGGGGCCCUGUGCGCCCUGGCCGGCGUGCUGACCAUCGCCAUGCCCGUCCCCGUCAUCGUCAACAACUUUGGCAUGUACUACUCGCUGGCCAUGGCCAAGCAGAAGUUGCCCAAGAAGAAGAACAAGCACAUCCCCCGAGCGCCCCAGCCGGGCUCGCCCAACUACUGCAAGCCCGACGCCCUGGCCAUGGCCACCGCCUCGCCGCAAAGGCUGCUGGGAAACGUCCUGGGCGGAGUGAUGGGCUCGGGGGGCAUGGGGGGCGACUGUCCUCUGGCCCAGGAAGAAAUUAUCGACAUCAACAGAGAUUCCAAGCAGAACGGCGACGCCGCCUCGGCCGCGCUGGCCAACGAAGACUGCCCCGCCAUCGACCAGGUGCUGAGCCCCGACGAGAGGAGCCCCAUCGGGCGGGGUCCCACCCGGGAGCGCUACCAGCAGGACCGCGCCUGCUUCCUGCUCAACACCAGGGAAUUCCGCCCCGCCGACGGGAACGUGCGCAAAGAGGCAGCAGCCCCGGCGCCCAGCCCAGACUCCCCUCUGACGGAGGACUGGUAUAAGAUGGAAGGGUCUCUGUUACAGCAGGACCUCAAUGCAAACUCCACCUCCUCCUGGAUCAAACCGUAGAGCAGAGUGUUAAGUUUCUAGCGUCGGCCUUCUCUGCGUAACGAGGAGCCCUUAAGCGCUUCACACAUAUUUGCGGCGGGAGGGAGCCACAUAAGCGGCGAGCGUGACGUGGAUGGACGUUUUGAAAGGAGAUCUUUGGGUGACCAGAGAGAGAGGGGGGGGGGGGGGGCUCACCUUUAAAGCACCACUUCCCAAAAUUCACACGCUCUGCUCCUGCUCACGUCGUUACCAAAGUAGCCUCUCGGAACUCCGCUGAUUGCAUUUUUUUUUCUUCCACCCCUUUUGGGCCGAUUGACUGCACAUUGCACUGACACACUUUGGGAAAAGGGGGGGCGGGGCAGGGGGGGGACUCCCUAACGACACAUUCCAGAUGACGUCGCUCGGAAAACAUCACCACGGCCAUGUUUCCGCAACCAAAACAAACUUGUCCUCACAAGGGACUGAAUGAGCAAUGUAGCAUCUCUGCUAACGCUGUAGCAUCACUUGGCCGGGAAACCACUCGAGCUGACGGAAGAGCGAGACAUUUGGACCAUUUGGAGGUCGCGACCUUCCGUUCCGUUCCGAGUAAAACACCCCCGGCGGGUCCACGAGAGACCGACGUCUUCACCUUCGAGCCGACGAGCCGCAUCAGGGUGGAGUUUAGCGCUCGCCGCCGAAACGUUGUCUUCCAUUCCCUCCUCGAAAAGGCGCCGAUUGAAAAGCUAGCGUAACCCAUGUAGCAGCAUCCGCAUUCCACGCCCUUUGACCUUGAGCCCCUCCUGACGUUUUCCGCUCAUGUACUCUAAACGGGGGUGGAGGAGGAAGGAGGCUCCCGCCCCAACCGCCUUCUCGCCACAUCGUCCAGAAAGGAGCCGCUCGCAUCCUCGUCAAAUCAAGCACACGGAAGCGAAAGGAGAACUUUUUCACUCGAGGAGCUCCGGACGACUCUCGUCGGUCUUUGGUCCGAUCGCAAGUGUGAUGAGGAGGAGGAAUGGACAUCACACCCUUACCCCUCCUCAGCCCUCCCCCCCUUGCCACAAGGAUACUUUUUAUUUUAUUUUAUUUUUAUGAUUAAAGGAACCAAUCUGACCAAGCCCCCCCGCCGCUAGCGCACACAAAGGCCUACACUGCCAACAAGGCACAAGAAGCCGCAGAUGAAUACUGCCCAGAAUGUCCCUGUUGCCGCCAGCGGGCCACUUCACUGGCGAGUCGAUGUCAUGAAACAAGCAGAAACGGACAGAGUCUAGAUCUAGCGUUCCCCCCCCCCCCCCACAUCCUCCCCCCCAAAAUAAAAUAAAAAGAGGGAGAGACAGAACAAAUCUACAGUAUAUAUUUUGAUAAAACAAAUCUAGCUAUGGCAUUGGACGGAAUGAGAGAAAAAGUCAUAACGGAUGCACAAUGUGAAAAUUUGCCAUGAAAAAAACAAAACAAAAAUCCUGGGGGGGGGGGGGGGCGGGAAAAAAAAGGACAAGUUUCGGCUGACUACAGUUGGCUCCGAGACACAGCGAAGACAUCCUCAUGCAUGGAUGGCAAGGGAUAUACCCCCCCCCCACCCCCACCACCACCACUACCCUGACUUCAACAAACGAGGGGCGGCGGUGGCAUGGGGGGGGGGUGCAUUUUUCUAACUUUGUUUACCAGCAUGACUCCUUUGCAUGACUGUCUUUUCUGCAAGCCCUUAGUUGAAGACAAGGGUGCUAGAGAUACAAGAACAUAGAUAUAUACAAAAAGAGUUGAAAAGAAAAUGUUAUAUGCAAUUCAUGUUUGAAAAAAAAGAGAGAUUCUAAUGAAAGAGAAGAUAUAUUUUGUUUUGAAAAGGUGAAAAAAAAAUGUGAAUCUUGAAACGUGUGUGUGAGUGUGUGUGUGUGGUUGCAACGUACGCCCGGAACUGUUUUGUGGAAUGAAAUCUGUCCGCUUCUGCUGCCCUCCCGUCCUCAUUCCGGAAUUUGGCAUCCAGAGCAACGUGGUUGGAAAUGCAAACAUCUGUUUGGAAGUGCUCGAUAAAUACGGUUGAGUUGAGAAUCUCAUCAGCCGUCGUCAUCAUCCCAGACUUUGCCGACCGUUAGCUUGCGUGCAAAGUUAGCACGGUGACCGUAGCAGCGGCAGCAGCAGCAGCAAUUCAAAAAAAAAAAAAAAAAGCUCUCCGUACGUUGUCUGCUUCAGUAAGACUCUUUCACUGCAUUACUUCUCUCUUCCCCCCCCCCCUUUGGCAAUAAUACAAGAGAAGUUGAGAGCUGACUGUUGCAGGGCCAAGCGGGCGGAGUAGCUUUCCCCAUUCCAUUCCUUUCUCCUCAUUUUUUUUUUCCGAACAUUGUCAUUGGUGUCAGAAUUCUUUGGCCUUUGGGGUGCAACAUAUAUCUAUAGCUAUCUAUCUAUACAUCUAUAUCUAUAUACACAUAUAUAGAUAUAGAUAUAUAGAUAGCUAUAUCUAUCUCAUCUCGCAGUUUAAUCAAAAGUGAUGUCAGGCGAGAUUUCAGGUUUGCAUGGAAGCGACUGUCGUUCCAAAGUUUGUUUUUUAAGGACUCAGGUUGUGUUGAUGGCACGUGCGGCCGCGCGGUCGCUGUUCGGCGCUUUUAUUUCUGAUCAACUGAAGUCGUGAAGACCCAACAGUGAUGUGGAUAGAAAACAAACAAACAAAACUCAGCACACGCUCCUAAAUCUCCACAAACAAAACACUGACCAGUGUUUCUGUGUCGUCGAGCAAAAACGUCUUCCUUCCCAGAGGCAAAUGACAAGACACUCGGAGUGUGUCAAGGUAGCCUGUCUUAUUUAGUACCGUCGUCUUUUUGGGGAGAUGGUCUAGCUAGCAUGGGCCGCGACGCAUCCGACCUGGUCCGCGUUGGCUCUGAUUGAAACAAAAAGCGUCAAUUGGGCCUCCAGUACAGCGGCACUGAUUGCUUGGGUUUUUAUUUCAACGCAGUUUUCAUCUGGAAAGACGGAACUGCGGAGGUCACGGGGUCAAAACGCCGCAUGCAGAAACUCCUCACCAACGUCUGUGUGUGUGCGUGUGUCUGAGUGUGUGUUUAAGGCCAAGACUUGUUCCUUUGUGGUUUAAUCGUCACAUUUUGGCCGCAUCAUUAUCGUCGUUCAGGUCCUGGGGAAAAAAAAAAAAAAGAAAAGAUGUCGCUGUUUUUAGUGUGUAAUACUGCCCCCUGGCGGCCGUACGUCCUUUUUCUUUUUUCAAUUCGAAUCACGGGUUCUUUUUCUUUCCUGUAUGCUUUACAGCGAACUUCGGGGUGCAAACACACACAAAAAAGAAACCAAAACACAAAUCUAUUUUUUGUCCGGUUGCCCGUUUGAUCGUGCGAUGCCUCCGAUUGACACCGACCGUUUUGGGGGAGCGUGUCGGAAAGACGCCCCGUCAUCACAUUGGUUUCCAUCGCAUCUUGCGGACCCACGUCUUGCAUCCACGCAGGUUUUCCAAAGAUCAAAGAUGUUUGUUCAUUGUUUAGUCGAUCGAACCUGACCGCGCGGCGGACCAACGGGACGAUAAAGUGGACGCUGGGGUUUCCGCAUUUUAUUUUCGAAAGGCGCUAACUCAUCCGGAACUGUACAGAGUAUGUUUCAAGGGGAUGUUUGCGAUCUAUCUUUUUAUAUUUUGAAGAGAGAGAAAAUAGAAACAUAUCAAGAAAAGUGUCAUCGUUGAACAGAUUUCUACUACUGAGACUUAAAAUGUAUGAAUGUCAAUACGAACUAAUGUGAAACCAAUCUCCAUAGCAGCUUGAACGAAUUAACUGGUUGGAAGUCAUGAGAUGCUUUUCUUUUGUUUGUUUGUUUGUUUUUUUUCCUCCCAGAGACGUUAAAAAUUGCUGCAAUGCGAUGAACUUAAAUAAAAUGGGGGAGAAAAUUG